AGUGGAGCGUGUCUUUUUGAUCGGUCGGUUAUAAUGGUCUGUGUACUAAAAUCUAAUCGUUGGUUUACUUUUGGUCAGCGCAGGCAAGGGCAGAGAAAAGAAGUUCAAGAUUGUGGAUUGAGGAUUGAGGGUUGAGGAUUGAUUGAUGCAAAGAAAGGUAUGAUAAAAGUUCAUUUUGAGAAUUCACUCUUAUUUUACAUGGGAGACUUAGGGAGUAGUGCUUGGUGUUCUUUUUCUACAAUUAUCUUUGCAAUCUUUCCAUCUCUCAAUCUUACUAUCUCGCUGUCUCAACAAUUCUCAAGAUCUUUCUUUUUUUUUCUGCUGCAAAACAAAUACAAUUGUUUUGAUUGAAAACAUUCUGGGAAUUUCCGGGAGGAGAUCAAAUUUUAACUAUAAUUACAGAUUGCGAAUCAGAAAUCAAAUUCUGUAUUAAUCUCGAUUCGACAUUGCUUUUACAACUUGCAAUCUCAUCUUUUCCUCAACUUCUCACCGAACAACAAACCUCUCUCUCCUCAUUCCAACAACAAAACAACAGAAACGAAUUAUGGCUUCCAAUUUUACCAAUUCCUCCUCUCUUAUACCUGAUUCACCAGCGGUAAAACGGCAAAGAACAGAAUCUGGUUAUACAUCUAUCAAUAAUUCUGCGAGAAAUACAGAUACCUAUAAUUCGGAUGCGGAUGAUGGAGAUGAUUUAUUCAAGGAUUAUGUCCCUGAUACGCCAGCUGCUGGGAAGUUUGAGACACAACCUACACAGAUUGUAGGCACUGUUGGGAAGUUUGAGACUCAACCUACCCAAAUUGUACCCACUACUAGGAGGUUCGAGACACAAGCUACUCAAAUAAUCGAUCGGUCCACGUCAACAGCAUAUCCACCAAGUUCUCCAAUCACCAACGGCUUAAGUAAUGGACAAGAGCCAGCUUCUUCACCUCUACGACAAUCACCUACGCCAAGGAAAAACUUGGCUUCUGCAAUGGCGCCUGCUGGAACGACAUACAGAGCACCAUUUGGAAUUACUCAAAAACCCAUUGCCCCACCAAGGAAGAUUAUCAACUUGGAUAGUGAUGAUGAGGGACCUUCAUUUGUUGCGGAUAGUUCUGAUGAUGAUGAAUUUGCCAAGGCAGAUAUCAAACCAACAACGUUUGUUUCCAAGAAUGCUUCUUUUGGAUCCAGCGGUUAUCCAGAUAUUUCUCGACCUGUCAAUGGCAAUUCCAGGUUUCAGAAUGCUCUCGCCAACGCCGCAUAUAAUCCGCAGAAAGGAAAGAAACAACAAGGUCCAGAAAGAGCCAGGCCUGUUCAGGAUAUUUCAAUCAAGGAUAUUCCUGAUGGUGAGCUCAGAGUAAAAGUUCAGCGCAUCAAAGAUAUUUUUCCAGGUGUAUCUAUUCAAGAGGCCAAGGAUGCUUUGAUCGUAACUAGACACAAUUUUGAUGAUGCUUGUACUUUACUUGCGAAAGAUGAGCCGGUUGAGGUUCCAGACGAUGAUGAGGAUGAUGAAAUUCAAGAAAUCACCGCUUCGGAAAUGGUCGAACCUCAGAUGAGAAGAGGUCUUGCAAAGCCUAUCAAGUCCAUCAAGGAUCGAUAUUCUUCUACUCAAAAUCAAUCUACGCAAAAAUCAGCCCAGGUACCAGCUCAAGCUACUACGCCAAAAAAGCCAAGGAAAAGACUUAUGCAAGGACGCAGAGCUCCAUCUUCUCCUGUUGCUGCACCUUCUCCUAUCAAGUUGGCUUCGUCUCCAGUCAUCCUAGAUAUGUCUGAUGAUGAUUCCGACCUAGAGCCUGAGGAAGAAGUUGAGGAAGAUCCAGUUCUUGAGGACCGACUACUCAAAUACUUAAACCGUUGUACGUUAGGGGAUCUUAUCGAACUUACUAAUACUACCAAUGCCAACGCGCAAGCAAUGUUAGAUGCUCGACCUUUCAGAAGUCUUAAUGCUGCAAGAAACGUUUCAAAUGUGAAGACAUUAAAGAGCGGCAAGAAGAGUUCAAAGGCACCAAUGGGCGAACGUCUUGUGGAGACAGCUUUGGAAAUGUUCUCUGGCUAUGAAGCUGUGGAUUUACUUGUCAAAAGAUGUGAGGAUCUCGCAAAGCCACUGGAAGCUGAGAUGGCAAAAUGGGGCUUCAAUUCUUUUGGUACUCGAAAGGAAGGAGAAGGUAUUGAAUUGGUAUCUUUUGACGAUGCGGAGUCUCAGCGUGAUUCUGGAAUUGGUUCUCCAAGUAGCACUUUAUCCAUCAAUGGAGAAAAUGCAGAUGAGGACAAGAUCAUAUCCGUCAAACGAAGAAAAGCUAAGGUCGACUUUCUAAAGAAACCAUCACUUAUGGCAGAUGAUGUUGUUUUGAAAGAUUAUCAAAUUGUUGGGUUGAAUUGGUUGAAUUUGAUGUAUGAUCAAAAUUUGAGUUGUAUUUUGGCAGAUGAUAUGGGUCUUGGGAAGACUUGUCAAGUCAUUUCCUUUCUUUCACAUCUUGUGGCUACCGGUCGAAAAGGUCCUCAUGUCGUUUUUGGUCCUGCUGCUGUUUUUGAGAAUUGGUGUCAGGAGUUUCAAAAGUUUGCUCCGAAAUUGGCCAUUCAACCUUAUCACGGUAAGUUAUACAUAGAACUUCAUUCGAAUUUUUGAGGAUACAGUAACUAAUAGAUUUAUAGGUCCUGCAGCUGAACGUGUUGAGUUGGCUGAGUCCAUAUUGGAGAAUCUAGAUGAAAUUAACGUCAUUGUUUCUACUUAUGACAUGGCCACAAAACCUACUGAUAAUAAAUUCUUUCGAAGAUUAGGAUCUGAUGUGAGUAAUUAUGAAGGUUACUCUAGUUUCAAUUACUAACUAUCUGUAGGUUCUCGUUUGUGAUGAAGGUCAUAUUCUGAAAAAUGGAGCUACUCAAAAGAAUCAAUCUUUGAACAGGAUUCCUGCCAAUUUUAAACUUUUAUUGACGGGUACACCUCUUCAAAACAAUUUGGUGGAAUUGGUCACUUUACUUGCAUUCAUUCUUCCAGAUGUUUUCAAGGAAAGAGAAGAAGAUUUGAAUUACAUUUUCAAAGCAAAAGCAACAACUAGAGAUACCGAUCAUGGAGCAUUACUUUCUGCUGAACGUAUUACUCGAGCUAGAUCUAUGCUCACUCCAUUUGUUCUACGACGCAAGAAGCAUCAAGUUUUAAAACAUCUUCCUACAAAGUUCUGUCGAGUUGAACGUUGUAACUUGGAGGCAACACAGGCUAAAAUCUAUAAUGAGCAUGCAGAUGCAGCCAAGGAAAGAGCCCGCAAACGUCUUGAGGGUGCCAAGAUUCCACCUCUGAAAUCCGAAGAAAAUAACCCGAUUAUGCAACUUCGAAAAGCGGCUAUUCAUCCUUUACUUUUUCGACGUCACUUUACAAAUGAGAAGGUUGAGAAAAUGGUGGAUAUUUUACGAAAGAAAGAACCAGAUAAUUUCCCUCCUUCCGCAAAACGUGUUCACCUUGUUGAGGAAAUGCGAAAUGCUUCGGAUUUUUGGUUACAUACUUGGUGUGUUCUUUAUCCAUGUAUCAAAUCUUUUGACGUCAAGAAAAAUGCCUGGAUGGAUUCAGGAAAGGUUUCUGCUUUGGUGGAACUUGUCACGAAAUAUAAGGAGAAUGGUGACAGAGUUCUUAUCUUCUCACAAUUUUCACUUGUUCUUGAUAUUCUUGAAUCCGUUUUGAACACUACGAAAAUUACUUACACUCGUAUUGAUGGUUCUACCAAGAUUGAUGAACGUCAAGCAUAUAUUGAAAGAUUCAGAGAUGAUACUGAUAUUACGGCUUUCCUCUUGACGACCAAAGCAGGUGGAACAGGUAUCAAUUUGAUGUAUGCCAACAAAGUUAUUAUCUUUGAUGGUAGUUUCAACCCUCAAGAUGAUGUUCAAGCAGAAAAUCGUGCUCAUCGAGUUGGCCAAACUCGUGAUGUGGAAGUUGUUAGAUUAGUCACUAGAGGUACAAUUGAGGAAGCCAUUUGGAAAAUGGGUAGAAGUAAGUUAAUGUUAGAUGGGAGAGUUGCGGGUGAAGAAGUUGAAGAGGCUGGGGAGAAAGCGGUUGAGAAAAUGUUAUUGGAUGGUGUGACGAUUACUGAUGAGGAGGCUGCUCCGGUUGCAGAAGGUCAUGAAUCGAUGCUGAUGAAGGGUAAAGAUGGAGGGGCGAAGAAUAAAGGGAAGGGUAAGGGGACUGCGACUACAACUGGUAUGGGGAAGAAGUUACCAGAGAGGAAGAAAUCUGGUGCGUUUUUAGAUUUGGCGACAAAAGGGAUGGGAAAUGAUGGUGAAGAUGAUGAUGAUGAUGAAAUGCUUGUUUGAUGAAUAACUGGUGGAUUUAUUGAUCGUACAUAUUGAUUGCAGUAUGAAUGAACUAGAGUACUUGUAGCGAGAAGAUUUAGAUUAAGAUGAAUUAAUUGAGGUUGUUUAGAAGAUUAUAUUUAUAUUUCUAUAUUUCUAUAGUUUCAAA